AUGUCGACGAGCAAACGAUUUUCUCGAGAACAAAAGGGGAAGAUGACCGCGAGUACCGUCGAUCCCGUCAGCGAUCUAGAGAGGGUCCGAGGAUCUGAAGAUAGUGCAGAGGCAACUCAUCGCGAGGCGAUGAUGGAUACCGAGAACACGACCCGAGAGCAGCGUAUGCUCGUCUCGGAGGCGAUGGUUCGGGCUCGUGAGGAUGAUGAUGGGGGCAAUGGCUCUCCUGAUGACGGGAUGACUCCCUAUUGCUUCUAUCCGGGAAAUAUUUUCGAGGAGCAGCGCAGGCUUGACCCGACACGAGCUCGUCCCUCUGUAGUUGAAGGGCAGGAUUGGGGAAACGUUUUACCGACGCGGUCUACGUUUGGGUCGGUGAGAAGGCUGCUGAAGAGGAGCAAGGCGAUUGGGGUUACGUUCAUAAUCCCGUCAAAGGACCAACGACCGUGGUCUCCCCCAAAGGGAUAUCAGUGCGUAUAUGAGUCGUACUUCGAGAAUGAUACGAAGUUAUGGUUUCCGAUACCUCGACUCGUCACCGCCUACACGAUGCGCCGAGGAGUUGCUCUGAGCCAGUUCUUAAAUGGCGCUUGGCGCCUAGCAGUUGCGCUGAUGGUGAUUGGGGCAGAAGCCGGUGCCGCUCUCAGUGUCCGAGCAUUCGAGGAACUGGUUUCGGUGAAGAUCAAUCAGGGCCUGUUGUCGCUAAAGAUACGUCCCAACUACAAUGUGGUAACGGGCUAUCCGUCCAAGACGAACGACUGGCAGCGAUCGUACUUUUACGUCAAGUCCGAUCGCUCGGCUUUCGAGGAGCCGCUGAAGACCGGUUACCGUGUUCUUUGGAACAAUGAAUUUGGUAUAGAGUGUUUCCUAGUCUUUUACCGUUUCGUGCUCCUGACCGCCUCUUUUCCUUUUGUUUUGGCAGUCCCUCACUCGAAUACCGCGGAGUACGAGGAAGAUUUUUUGGAGAGUGCUCGGAUCGUCGCGUCUCAAAGGCAAGAUCUUUGGGAGAACUUCUCGUACGGGAGGAUUCGCAGGUCGGCUGAUCGGAUUAGACUACAGGUUUGGCGUUCGGAUACUGUUCCGAUUAUCACCAAGAAAUCGAAAAGAAUCAACCUGUUCAACAAGGCCGAGCAGACGGAGAUCAAUCGGGCCAGAGUUAUGAGGGAAUUGCCGGAUCUGAGCUUGGUGGUUGGGAAGCAACUUGGGUUUGUGGAGCCGGACCAAAACUCCAACGCAAACUCACCUAAUCUCGAGGAACCUAAUGCGACUGAGUCAGAUGAGGCUCAGCUCGUGAGGAAAACGGGGAACAAGAGAAAAGAGAGGGAAGGCGCUUCUUCCGAGGGGAAACAGACCGAGGAGACUUCCACCGGUGGGGGUGCCAGGUCGGAGAAGAAAAGGGCGCGAAAGGAUUUCGCAGAGGCUCGACCUUCUUCUGUGGAGGAAGGGGAGCUCCAAGCCUUGGAGCCUAGUAACGGCUCUCGAGACGACGCUCUCCCGAAUCCAUCUCCCGGUGGCGGUCAAGCGGGUGAGCAUCAAGAGACUUCUUCUAAAGUGAAGAAGAAGUCGAAAAAGAACAAAAAGAAGAAUAACGGCGGAUCCUCGGGGCAGGAGGGGGCGCCCGAGAAGGAGACCGUGGGAGCCCCGACUGCUGCCGUUUCUCUCCCAAAGGCGGCGGUUCGCGAAGAUGCCGGGGGAUCAAGCAGGUCCGCUCCGAAGGCUCAGGAGAAGGACGUUGUGCCGAAGGACCUUCAGGGGUUUUGUCCGGACAAGGUCGACUUUAUCUUUAAGCGGGAUACUCCUCUUGUUUGCAACGAGAGGGACUGUGCUCGCUUUGUCCGCCAAGUCCGGGGGAGCAGAAAGCAUCUCCCACUCGUCAAGGAUCUCGUCUUCCAAGACGAUUACACCGCCGCCGCCGGUUCUUCGGUUAAGGUAAGGAUAGUUUUUGCGUUUCGUCCGUUCCUCGUCUUUUUCCUAACUUGGUUGUCUCACUCUCUCUUUGAUGUGCUGCAGAGCCAAGGGGAUUGGAAUGAAGUCGUCCGUAAGUACGACGAGGAGCUGAAGAGGACCUAUGGUGUGAUCGAUAGGCAGCGACACAACACCAGGGAAGCGACGCAAGCCCUAGAGGUCAUGCUUCGCAAGAAAAACGAUGCGGUCAUCCGGGAAGAGGCCAUGAGGGAUGAGCUCCUCCAGAAGGAGACGGCUAUGAACAAGGAGCUGAAGCGAGCCCGGGAGUUGGUUAAGACACUCGAGAAAGAGAAAGCCAAGUUGGCAGACGAGAAGAAGAUCCUCGAGGAAGAGAGGGCUGCCGCUGCCAUAGCGCAUUCCAAGGAGAUGGAUCGUCUCCGAGAGUCGCGCCGCUAUGAGGUUACUCACGAGCGGAUCCGAGUGAUGGCUGUGAUGCACGGAAAGGCUGCUGCUCGCUUCCAGAGGAUUCGAGAGCGGGAGACUCGUCGCGACAGUUUUGAGGAUGCGAGGUGUAUGCUCGGACAGGCUCGCGGAAUGAGACGUUGUCUUGAAGGGAUGAAGGCAACAGGUAAAAGCAUCUCUCAAGGAGAUAUCGAUACCUAUGCCGAGCAAGAGAAAUAUUACGACGCGGAGGUGAAGCGUUUGGUCGUAGACGAUCUUGCUGAGAAGGACCUCUCUUUGUCCCCUCUUGUGCUCGAGUCGAGGUUCGUCAUCCAAGAGAUAUUGGAUAAAGUCGACAAGUACGGGUCGAACAUGGACUUGCUCGACUCUGAGGCUGCCAGGGCUCUUCGCACUCCACUCAGGGGACCAGAGGAUCAAUCCGAAGGACCGUCGAAGAGCCUUCUCGAAACCGUCCAGUCGCCAGCUCACCCUGACGCCAUCCUUCCGGAAAAUGCUCCGGUGGUCGAAGAAACGACCAAGCCAGCUUCCGAGGUUCCGAUCUCCGAUACGCCGAUCAAGACGGUGGAUAUCACCGAUUCGCCGUCGCUUGAAGUGUCAGGCUCUGGCGUGAGCGGGGAGCGCUCCGAGGAAGAUCCCCUUGUCUCGGGAUGACUUUAAAUGUUUGUUGUAUCCG